AUGAUGCGUCGUAUCGCCUUCAGAGUUGCGGCCGUCUCGAGGCCCGUCACGGUGUCCGCCUCCGUGCUCCCCUCCAUGUAUCGCGGGGUGAGUACAACUCCAACCCUUGAGAUGGACAAGAUUAUGAGCAAAAUCAAGUCUGAAGGUAUUUUUGAUACCCCGAUGAUCAAAGAUACCCUCUCGCGCUUUGUGAACAGCCUUUCCUCCACCACAUACCUGAAGCACGUCACCCCCGAAGAGGUCAGCAACCACGUUCUCGGUGUCCUCAACGCUGAGGCAUCCCAAAAAAUGGGCAAUGCCUAUGAGUUCGCGCGCGAAGACAACCACUCCGCCUUCUACAUCUGCAAAAACGAGCCGGAGAGCAUCAUACGGAAUGUACGCAGGAUGGCCAAGUAUACGUCGCGGCCUGAUAUUCCGGAGAAUCACAGUGUAGUCGUGCGCUCCUUCCAUGCAGAGAACCCCUCCAUGGUCAUCUACACCGUUUCCUUCGUCCCCUUCGACGUUCCCAAACCGGAUGAAAGCGAAACCAAGGCAGAGAAGCUGAUCCCAAAACAACUGCUCAAAAACCUCUCGGAGGAGAAGCUCAAACGCCUGCAGAGGCUCCUCGAUCGUCGUCCGAACUCCGUCUUCCCGGUGAUCGACACCGUCGAGGACAGCAGGAGCAAGGAUACUAUUCUCUUCACCAUGGCUACGUGUGCGGAUAAGACCAACUACAUCGUCUCCUUGCUGAACGUCUUCCAGGAGAUCAAGGGAAGCGAGGUGAUCCGCGUUAGCACCUGCACCCUUGUCAGUGGCGACCGAGUAUACUCCAUGAUCAUCAAGGGCGCGACGCUAGAGCAGGUUAAGGAACAAGCAUCGAUGGUGGGUUUACUCUCAUCGAAGGCCGCCAAGCCGAUUGUGCGGAUGUAUGAAUCGGGCAUGCUGACCUGCGAACAGGCCGUCUACAUCGACGCCGCGUUCAUUUUCUCGUUCUACUUCACACAGAUUCCCGUCGACGACACCUACCGCCACCUGCGCACGGUGCUUGAGAACGUCCCCCACGGCAUUAACUGGUUGAACUCCAUGCGCAACUCGCUCGCCCAGGAGACGAUGUCGGAGCACUACAUGGGAAGCCUAAUCGAGAACUACCCUCAGUUCGUGCAGCUUAUCUACGAGGACUUCCAGAAGGGCUCGACGGCGGAGCGACGAGCCUCCAUCGCGGAGCAGAUCGUGCAAAAGCUAGCCGACGACGGCCGGCUUCCACACGACGUUGCCAUUUUCAUGAGCCUCCUCAAGUUCAACGAGGUGGUGCUGAAGCACAACUUCUUCAAGACGGAGAAGGCCGCACUCGCGUUCCGGCUCGAUCCGAGCUUUUUGAAGGAUCUGGAGUAUCCACUGGUGCCGCAUGGCGUCUUUCUUUUCGCCGGCGGCCACUGGCGUGGUUUCCACAUCCGAUUCACCGACAUCGCCCGUGGUGGGGUCCGUCUGAUUGUCUCCAAGCCGAACACCUACAGCAAGAACAAGCGCACCGUCUUCCAAGAGAACUACAACCUUGCCUUCACGCAGCUGCUUAAGAACAAGGAUAUCCCAGAAGGAGGGAGCAAGGGCACGAUCCUUGUCUCCAGCCGCUUCCUCACGGCCUUUGACGAGGCCGCGUGCAAGCGGAUAUUCCUCCAGUAUGUGGACGCGAUGCUCGACCUCAUGAUUCCCGGCGAGCCUGGCAUCGUCAACCGCCUUGGCCAGGAUGAGAUCAUCUUCCUCGGGCCGGAUGAGUACACCGCCGGGAGCUUCCCCUCCGCGGGCGCCCUCCACAGCAAGAAACGCGGCUACGUCAACUGGAAGAGCUUCACAACCGGGAAGGAUCCCGAUAUGGGGGGGAUUCCGCACGACGUCUACGGCAUGACCACGCGCAGCGUGCGCACCUUCGUGAAUGCCAUCUACCGAGAGCUCGGGCUCGAUGGCUCCAAGAUGCGGAAAUUCCAAACCGGCGGCCCCGAUGGCGAUCUCGGCAGCAAUGAGAUUCUGAUGAGCAACGAGGUGUUGAUCGGGGUCGUCGACGGCUCCGCCUCGCUGCACGAUCCGAAUGGGCUGAAUCGGGAGGAGCUUCUCCGCCUCGCCUGCGGCCGUAUGCCGCUUGCGAAGUUCGACCGCUCGAAGCUCUCGAAGGACGGCUUCCUGGUUCUUGUCGAUGACGUGAACGUGACGUUGCCGGACGGGACGCUCGUGAAGAAAGGCGUGCAGCUCCGCGACGAGUUUCACUUCCUGAAGUACAGCGACGCGGACGUCUUCGUGCCGUGCGGGGGGCGCCCGCGCAGCAUCACCCUCGAGAACGUCGCCCGCCUGCUGAAGAUGAAGGGGGUGGAUGGGGAGGAUAUGCUGCAGGGCCGCGUGAACCCGACGCCGAGCCAGCUGAAGUAUAAGAUCAUCGUGGAGGGCGCGAACCUCUUCAUCUCGCAGGACGCACGGCUCGCGCUGGAGCGCUGCGGCGUCGUCUUGAUCAAGGAUGCCUCCUCGAACAAGGGUGGCGUCACGAGCUCCUCCUUGGAGGUCUUCGCCGGGCUUUGCCUGUCCGACGAGGAGCACGCGAAGUACAUGUGCGUGCGCGAUGAGUUGAACCCCCCGCUGUUCUACAAACGCCUUGUGGAGGAGAUCGUCGCUCGGAUCGAGAAGAACGCGGAGAAUGAGUUCAACGCGAUCUGGAGUGAGUGGAAGAAGGACCCGUCGAAACCCAAGACCCUCAUUGCCGACGCGCUCAGCAGCAAGAGCGUGAAGAUCCGCGCGGACAUUCUGAAGAGCGACAUCUUCGCGGACAAGAAACUGGUGCGGCAUGUGAUGAUGGAAUACGCGCCGAAGACACUCCUCGAGGUGGUGCCCAUCGACAAGAUGCUGCAGCGCGUACCGGAGGUUUACCAACACGCUAUUUGCGCGAUGUGGUUAUCCUCUAACUAUGUCUUCAGUGGCAGGGCGAACAGCAAUGAGUUCGACUUCUUCAAGUUCCUGACUGAGGAAAUCAAGCGGAUGAAUGCAAAGUACGAGUAA